ACCAACCGGGGAGGGGGGCGCGCUGAAGUCCUCUCUGGUGCGCUCAGCCAACCCCUGCUGCUGUAAUGUAAAGCUGGUAGUAUCCUGGUGUUCCACUGAAAAUAAUCCGUUGUAAGGACCCAGUUUGAAGACAUCGCUACCUGUGACUUGAAGGUUUUCCAACAUUGGAGGGAUUCCGCAGCCAAAUUACGCAUGGAAUGGUUUUGGGGGGAUUGGAGUAGAAAUGCAGCACCGCACUUCCAGCCCACAACAAGAACCAUGCCCAGCUUACAUUGCAAGACAACCUAUGACAUCCUGUUUUAUCCUCUAAGACUUUGAUAUGAGUGAAAUUAUCUCGGAUACCGACGAGGAGUGAAGAGAAAACAGAACAAGCCAAAGGACGUUGCUUUUGCUGCCGGCGCUUGUGUAUCGAAAACCUCUGCAUUUAGGAUUUUUUGAUGGAGCUGGAGAAUAUAGUAGCCAACACUGUACUGCUAAAAGCAAGAGAGGGUGGAGGAGGAAAGCGUAAAGGGAGGAGCAAGAAAUGGAAGGAGAUCCUUCGCUUCCCCCAUAUAAGCCAGUGCACUGAGCUUGGAAACAGCACAGACAGGGACUAUGUCAGCAUCUGUGAGAAACAGCCUAUUGGACGGCUUCUCUUUCGUCUUUACUGUGAGACAAAAAUUAUACUGCAACGAUGCAUCCAGCUGCUGGACGCAAUGGAAGACUAUGAGGUGACACCUGAUGAACAAAGAAAAUACAGAGGGGACCAGAUCAUCAAGACUUUUCUCACAAAACAAGCGCCUCAGCAUGUCGACAUAGUGGAGGUUUUUGCAGAUGAGUGCAAAGAGAACCUCGAGCUCAGUCCAUGCAAGGAGAUCUUCAGCAACUGCCGCAGGACUGUCCAUGACUACCUGAGUGGAGCUCCGUUCUCUGACUAUCAGAACAGCAUGUACUUUGACCGAUUCCUGCAGUGGAAGGUGCUGGAGAGGCAACCAAUCACAAAGGACACGUUCAGACAGUACCGAGUGCUGGGGAAGGGGGGAUUCGGAGAGGUGUGUGCCUGCCAGGUUCGAGCCACAGGCAAGAUGUACGCCUGCAAGAAGCUGGAGAAGAAGAGGAUAAAGAAGCGAAAAGGAGAGUCCAUGGCUCUCAACGAGAAACAGAUUUUAGAGAAAGUCAACAGUAGAUUUGUCGUGAGCCUAGCAUACGCAUAUGAGACCAAAGACGCUCUGUGUCUGGUGCUGACUAUCAUGAAUGGUGGGGACCUUAAGUUUCACAUCUACAACAUGGGAACGCCGGGCUUCGAUAAGGAUAGGGUCCAGUUUUACGCUGCUCAGAUCUGCUGUGGGCUGGAACAUUUGCACAGGGAAUCCAUUGUCUACAGGGAUUUGAAACCAGAGAAUAUCCUAUUGGAUGACAAUGGACACAUCCGUGUUUCUGACCUGGGGCUGGCCAUCAAAGUGCCUGAAGGAGAGCUCAUCAGAGGCAGGGUGGGGACUGUGGGCUACAUGGCUCCUGAGGUGAUAAACAACGAAAAGUACGCAAUGAGUCCUGACUGGUGGGGGCUGGGCUGCCUCGUGUACGAGAUGACCGCCGGACGAUCGCCCUUCCGCGCCCGUAAAGAGCGAGUGAAGCGGGAGGAGGUGGAGAGGAGGGUGCAGGAGGAGGAGGAGGAGUACAACGACAAGUUUACAGAGGACACAAAGGCCAUCUGUAGAAUGCUGCUGACCAAAGACCCUAAGCAGAGGCUGGGGUGCCAGGCGGACAGAGCAGCGGGCGUUAAGGCCCACUCGUUCUUCAAAAACAUCAACUUGAAGAGGCUGGAGGCUGGAAUAGUGGAUCCUCCCUUUGUGCCUGAUCCCCGGGCAGUGUACUGUAAGGAUGUUUUGGACAUCGAGCAGUUCUCCACCGUCAAGGGAGUCAAUUUGGACCAAACUGACAAUGACUUUUACUCCAAAUUUUCUACAGGCAGUGUUUCCAUCCCAUGGCAGAAUGAGAUGAUAGAGACUGAGUGCUUCAGAGAUUUGAAUGUGUUUGGGCCUCAAGGGACGAUACCUCCGGAUCUGGACUGGAAUCAGCCACCAGAGCCGCCCAAACGCAGCCUGCUGGACAGGAUCUUCAGGAGGCAUCACCCAGAGGUGUCUAUUUCCCACAGCCGUGUGCAGUCUUCCAGUGUAAACUCUGUGGACUCCAUGUCCAACUCUGCCCCCUAGUGGCAAAGUGACAGUGUGGGAGCCACACACACAAAGGGAAGGAACUCCAAGGGGGCUUCCCUGCUGCUGAUUGGUCCACAGCGGGGCCUGAGCAGCAGCCGGAGACAGCCUGUCUAAGAGCCUAAAUGGUCAGCCCAUGGGGGGGAGGGGGUGACCAUGCCCUGACUGAGACCCGGGCAUUUGUAGUGGCAUGGUCAAUGUUGCAGAGACGUUUGAAAAUAUUUGGACAAACUUUACUUAUCCUCAGGAUCGUUGGACUACAGAACAGAGCCACUGAUGUUGAAGAAAACGGAAAAGGAUAGAAAACAAGCUAAUAUUCAGGGGAUCCACUGUAAAAUAAAGACCACCACAGGGAAUAGAAGAUGGGGUCUUGGUGAAUUUUAUUUUUUUCCAGACAAGGAUUUUCUUUUCCACUCAUUUUCAGUCCUUUUUACUUCCUGGCCUGUAUCUUGUACCAAUUUCUCUUCAUCUGUACAUCUGAAAUCCCUGAAAGUGUCCACAACUCUUCCUCUAUCUUAUUCUUUCUCUGUAUUUCCACCUCCCAUACCUCAGAUCACUCCCAAACAUUCAGAACACAUCACCUCGACAACCUCAACACAUUAUGUACAUUGCCUUGCGAACACUCAGGCCAAAGAUUACAGCUUAGUUUUGUGAUACUGUUGUCAUGUUGAUUUCUUGGUUUUUUAAAGUUUUUCCGCUGUUUAGAACCACAGGAAGGUCAAAGUGUGUGAUCCUUUCCCUAAAUAUGAGCCUGCAGACAUAUCAUACUGCUUAAAGCACACAUACAGUACACACAAUCAGAUAGACAUGCACAGACAGAAUUGUGAGAAUCGUGUUGUGUUAUCAUUGCAUGGAAAAGUGUAAGUAUGGACAGCUGUAUCCCUUUUGCUUCUGCAUACCUCAUUCCACCGUCAUUACCACCGUAUACAGACUCCCAGUCUCCCUCAGUUUACAGUGUCACUUUAUAUUUGACAUUAUGUGGAGUUUAAAAACAUUUAAUAUGCUGUACAGAACCAGAAAAUUAUUGUCUUUCUUUUUUUUUUGCUCAAUUUCACCACACAGCCCCCAUUCACCAUGUUGACAUGCUGGACAUUUUCCUCUUGCGUUAAUGUGGGAAGCCAAAAUGCUGCAAUAGUGUUGUACUGUUGAGUUCCAGGUUUGAAAUGAUAACUAAAGAAGGAUAUCUGGAAGUUGGUUGAAAUGUUACAGCUUCUGAAACAAUCAGCAACAGAAGGAGUCGCUGGAUAGAGAGACAUUUCUUUAUACUUUAAACAAACAAAAAAACAUUUGUGACUCUUUAGGUGCUGUUGAACGCUAACAUGUACUUUGAACACUAUAACAAUCAUUACUUGUACAUAAUGUUACACAAUAUGUUACAUUUCUGGUUAACAGUGACAUUAGCUAUCUUAUUGAACUGGUCAGACGUUUAUGUUAUUUUAAUAUGGCAAACAACCCUCUAGUUAUUCAGUUUUAUUUACAUUUUAUGUUGCUGGUCAAUUAAAAAGCAGUGUAACAAUAACAAUAUUUCAGAUAUGGUUUAACCCAGAAUACAGUCGUAGAAAAAUACUUUUUAGUGUCUUAGCAUUUUAACACUUCCUAGCUUUUGUUACCAUUUGGAAUUGUUACACAAAAGGAGUAACUCCUAGCUAACAACAAUUUAAGCUGUUUGAAAGUAAAGUUAGCUUGGAAUUGGUUGUAGCCGACUAAAGCUAUUGUGACUAACCUGUUGCUACCAAAUGGACAUUUCUCUAAAAUAUGGUUUUAUUUCCCUUUUGAUUUAGCUAGCUGAACAAGAAAUUUAUGAGACUGUUUCACAUUUUUGAGGGGGAUUUAUUUGGGCAUUCUAGAAUCGGAGGACGUUUUCUGUCCCAUCCAUGACAUUUCAAAUGAUCCAUUCACAAAACCUAGAACACACUUUUUUUGUGGUAAUUGUGUCCUAAAGGAAAUGUAAAGCUAGAUGAGGUGAAAGUUGUUCUGAAAUAUCAAUUUAAAUACCUCAUGUCUCCUGAAUAGCCCUAAAAGUGGCUUUUUUCACUUUUCCCACUCGCUUAAAGAUCAGCUUGCAUACACAUUUUAACAGUUUAAACAUGAUUUUGUUGAUAUAUGUCUCUUCAAUCAAUCAACCAAUCAAUCAAUCAAUCUUUAUUUGUAUAGCGCCAAAUCACAACAAACAUUAUCUCAAGACACUUUUACAAACAUAGGAGGUCUAGACCACUCUAUGUCAAAUUAUGAACAGAGACCCAACUUCAAGACAGGGUAAGACUCAGUCUGACCCCACCUUAAUCCAUCAUGAGCAUUGCAAUCUUGAAAUCACUAAAACUAUAUUUCUAACGAUAACCAUAAAAAAAACAUUUUUAAAUAUCACACAAAUUUACAAAAGAAGUUCAUUUUUUAAAGGUGUUGAUGGCUAAAUUGUCCUGCAAUUCUGGACAGCCCUGUUGCAAAAACAGCAAUUACAACAUAUCAGCCUUUGAGCUUCAAACAUUAGCAUUCAACCACUCCCUUGCUAACAUCACCAUUUGAUGUCACACAGUUUGAUAAGUAAGGUGGUUAAGCUACCAGUAAUGUUAAAUAGUAGGUUAGAUGGUUGUUGCUAUUCAGCUGUUGUGACUUAUACGUUGGUAGCAUAAUGUGCUGUUAUACUACUGAUGUCCCUCUUAAUAUUGACCAUAUUUAGCUCAAUCAAGAAGCAGUGUCAUGAGAAAAAAAAUCACAUUUGUUUUGUAAAUAGGAUUUGCAGACCUUAAACACACCAGUAUGACAUUAUGAUACCUUCAGCUUCUUACCCUGGACAUGAUGCUGAAAAAUGGCUGUUAAGUGAAUAUGGUGAAUGGAUUAAAGGGGAACACAUGCACUCAGCCUGACUUACAAGUUGCACAAUUUCAAAUGCUGUCAUGCUGUUUCUUCACCAAAUGAAAAAUGUUUUACCUCCUACCAUUAAGGCACAUUAUUGUAUAGAUAUUGUCAGACGCCUCUUGUUUUGUAUAUCCCAAACUGAAGUGGUCUUGUUCUCCUGGUAUGCCUUUUCCAUUUAAGAGAUAUUGCUGCAUAGCCAUUGUUGUACAGGUUAUACAUGUACAGGUUUUUCUAUUUUGCCCCUUUACACUUACUCUUAAUAUGCUCUUCAAAAUGCCUCACAAUCCUAAAGGGUCUUCCUCAACAAUAAUCAAGGACACAGGGUAUCGAAGGUGGAUCUUAUCAGAAUCUCAUUUAAUCCAGAUUGUCUAUAACAGAUAGGAGGAGAAGAUGCCAGAGGAUCACCACACAAAGACGUGGCCUUCUCACAGCAGCGUAGCCAUUUUAACAGGAGGAGCUCAAUCUCCUCUACUUGGUUUUAAGAAUGUGAUAUUCUCCCUCUUUGAGUUCAUAAGCUGGUCCAUGCAGCAAUUUUAAGCGUCCUCACAAAUCUCACGCAAAGCCUGUUAUUUUUUCUUUCUCUGCGUACUUGAUAUGAGUAAGAAAAAAAAAUCUGAAUCAGACUGAAGUGCCUCCUUGUUAGUACGAUUCUCCCAGACAAUACCCACACAGACAUCAGCACUUUGUUUAUUCUCUGACUGUCAUGCUCUGUUUGUUUCACUGGGGAACGCGUCAACACACAAACACAAACACAGACUCACACAGUUUGUUGAAAGUGAAAUGAAGGGAAAGAUGAUAAAUGAUGGAGAGGAGAGUGUUGAUUAGGGGAAUUCUCCUUCUUAAUGUGAUGUACAGAAAAGUGCUGAGUGCAUGUGAAAGCCAGACCCACUGUGUCCUUCAAGUCCCAAUAAACUCUGUGCUAUAGUUUGAGUA